CUGCUGCCUGCUCCAGCCGCCAGCACAGAGCCAGCCGGGAGCAUGGGGCAGGUGGCUUGGAAGGGUUUAUUUCUAUCGCUUUUUGACUAUAAGACGGAGAAAUACGUCAUUGCGAAGAACAAGAAGGUGGGGAUCCUCUAUCGAGUGGUGCAGCUCUCAAUCCUGGCUUACCUGGUGGGGUGGGUGUUUGUUGUUAAGAAAGGCUAUCAGGAUACAGACACAUCCCUCCAGAGCUCUGUCAUCACUAAGCUGAAAGGGGUAGCCUUCACCAACACGUCGGAGCUGGGGGAGAGGCUGUGGGAUGUUGCAGACUACGUCAUCCCUCCACAGGGUGAAAAUGUCUUCUUUGUCAUGACGAAUCUGAUUGUGACGCCAAACCAGAGGCAAGCCACGUGUCCUGAGAGCGAGAGCAUUCCUGAUGCCGUGUGUUACCAGGACGAGGACUGCCCGGCAGGCAAAGCAGUGGUGGCUGGCAACGGGGUUAAGACUGGCCGUUGUUUGAAAGACAGGGACAGUAUCAGAGGGACUUGUGAGAUACUGGCCUGGUGCCCAGUGGAGAAGAGAUCCAAGCCCAAGAAACCCCUUCUCGCCGGUGCAGAAAACUUCACUGUUUACAUCAAGAACUCAAUCCUCUUCCCCAAAUUUAAGUUCUCCAAGAUGAAUGUGCUGGCAACCGACGAGUCCUACCUGAAGAGGUGCCGCUACAGCACAGAACAUCCCUACUGCCCCAUCUUCCUCCUGGGGGACAUCAUCCAGUGGGCUGGGAGUGACUUCCAGGAAAUGGCCUCGGAGGGUGGUGUGAUAGGAAUUCAGAUUGAAUGGAACUGUGAUCUUGAUAAAGCCCCUUCUGAAUGUAAUCCUCACUAUUCUUUUAGCCGUCUGGAUAACAAUUUUGCAGAAAAGUCCAUCUCUUCUGGGUACAACUUCAGGUUUGCCAAAUAUUACCGGGAUGCGGAGGGGGUUGACUACCGGACGCUCAUUAAAGCAUAUGGAAUCCGCUUUGAUGUGAUGGUAAACGGCAAGGGAGCUUUCUUUUGUGACCUGGUGCUGCUGUAUCUGAUUAAAAAGAGUAACUUUUAUCGAGGCAAAAAGUACGAGGAAGUAAAGUAA